UUGACUAAAAUCGGGUCAAUAAUACUAUUUUGAUCCAUUUGUAAAACUUAGUAUCCGAAUUAUCAUUUAACAAAACAUAACCUCCGAUCCCGAGAAAAACACUAGUCCCAAAAUGGUAUUUUCCUUACUAUUAUUGUUUAAAAUUCUGUUUGUUUGACUUAGCACUCCAAGUAGCCUAUAAAUUAUGAAAUCUUCGUACACUGAUGAUUAAAGAAGACAGAUACCACUUUUCUUUCUUUGUUUUUCUCUUUCAUUUUAAUUUGGUGGAAAUUUCAGUGUGUCGAGUCGCUUUGUAUUUGCUUAUGAAAACGAAGAGAAAAGUAUUCCGAUGCUUAAAGCAGAAAGCAUCGCCUCCCUUUUGCACCGUUGCUCCAUUGUCAAGGUACUACGAGGCGGUCUUUCUCUCCAUGCUGCUGUCUUUAAGACAGGCAUGGAGUCUGAUGCUUUCAUCUCUAACCAUGUUCUGAAUAUGUACGCGAAGUGUGGUGAUGUUCUUUCUGCGCGUCAAGUGUUCGACGAAAUGUCCCAAAGAAACACUGUUUCUUGGUCAGCUUUAAUAUCUGGCUAUGAGCAAGCCGGGGAGUGUUUAAUGGCACUUGACCUGUUUUCUGAGAUGUGGUUUGUUCCUAACGAGUACAUAUAUUCCAGUGCCAUCAGUGCUUGUGCCAAACUCAUGGCAUUGUCACAGGGGCAACAGAUCCAUGCUCAAGCGCUCAAGGUUGGCUAUGCAUCCGUUUCAUUCGUUUUUAAUUCACUCAUUUCAAUGUACAUGAAAUGUAGUAUCUAUAAUGAUGCUUUUUCGGUCCAUGAAUGUACACUGGAGCAGAAUUUGGUAUCUUACAAUGCUUUAAUUGGUGGAUUUCUAGAAAAUAAACAAUCUGGAAGAGGGUUUGAAGUGUUCAAAUUAAUUCAACAGCGAGGCCUUGUUCCAGAUAGUUUUUCUUUCACAGGAGCAUUGGAAAUUUGCGCCAAUUUGAACAGUUUACAGGCAGGAAUGUUGUUGCAUUGUCAAACAGUUAAGCUUAAUCUCGACUCCAACAAUCUCGUUGGGAACGUGAUUGUUGCAAUGUACUCGAGGUUCAAUCUGGUAGAAGAAGCUGAGAAAGUCUUUAGAGUAAUAGAAGAGAAGGAUGUGGUUUCAUGGAAUACCCUUAUCACUGCAUGUGUUCAUUGUGCUGACCAUGCUCAAGGGUUAAGAGUUUUUAAACAGAUGAAUGGUUUAAGGCCAGAUGACUUCACUUUCGCGAGUGUCCUUGCAGCCUGUGCAGGGCUUGCUUCCAUUAAACAUGGGAAGCAAAUACAUGCUCACCUAACAAGGACAAGGCCGUAUCAAGAUGUGGGAGUUGGUAAUGCCUUGGUUAGUAUGUAUGCUAAAUGUGGCUCCAUAGAGUAUGCAUACAAAGUAUUUGACAAAAUGGCCUGUCAUAAUCUUCUUUCAUGGAAUACUAUAAUUGCCGGGUUUGCGAAUCACGGGCUUGGACAACGAGCUGUAGAAGUUUUUGAGCAAAUGAAAAAAAUUGGUGAAAAACCAGACUCAGUCACGUUCGUGGGACUUUUAAUGGCUUGCAGCCAUGGAGGGCUGGUGGAUUUGGGAAAAUCAAUCUUGAAUUGUAUGGAGGAAACUUAUGGGAUUAAACCUGGUGUAGAACAUUUCUCAUGCCAAAUUGAUAUGUUGGGACGAGCCGGGAGAUUGGCUGAGGCUGAAGAAUGCGUGAGGAAAUCUCCCUUCAAGCAUGAUCAAGUUGUUCUGGGAAGCUUACUUUCGGCAUGCAGGCUGCAUGGAGAUGUUGCUAUUGGAGAAUAUGUAGCCAGACAUCUCCUAAAUCUUGAGUUUGUUAGUACGUCGUGUUAUGUUUUAUUAUCAAGUUUGUAUGCCUCGGAUGAGAUGUGGGGUGAUUGUGCAAAGGCGAAGAAGUUGUUGAAUGGUAGUGGAUUGAAAAAGGAACCUGGCCAUAGUCUGGUAGAAGUGAAUGGAAGUCUUGAAAAAUUUACAGUAGGGAAUUUUUCUCAUUCAAGGAUUGAAGAGAUAAAGAUCGUACUCAGAAGUUUACGUUGUCCUAUAGGUGAAGUUUUUCUAGAUAUCACUUAGCAUUAGCAUAGUGUUAAGUGUAAAAAGAAAAUUAUUGAGCAGUGUUAAAACUUACAAUAAGUGUUAUUUAAGGCCCGAAAAGUUGUCAAGUAACAAAACAUCAUUUUUUA